ACGUCAAGAAGAAAAAUAUUUUUGUUUCAAAGUUAAAUAAAAAUAAAAACUGAAUAUUUUAUCAUAAAAAUAAUGAGAAUAUAAAAAUAAAUAUAUUCUAUUCAUAUUUGUCUUCGCUAGAUAGAUAUUUUCCUUACAUUUUUUAAUCUAAAAUAACCCUACGCCUUUUUUCACAGUUCAUCGUUAAUUUAACAAGAUUAUAGUUGACUAAGUAAAUUUAGUGAAAAUAUGAAUAUUAUACCUGGUGAACCAGUUCCGCCUGGCUUCGAAGAUGAAGUCAAUCGUACUGCUGAAAUUCAGGCUACCAUCAAAACCUAUCGAGAUAAUGCUUUAAUUGGAGUCGAGUACACUGUCGAGUUGUUAAACGAUGACGAAAGGGAACCAUCUUACAUUUGUUUGCUCUGUGAUAAACGUGGCGAUCCACGUACAAUCAUUGCCCAUUGGAUAAGCUACAACCAUCGACUAAAGUAUCUCGAAAAACACUUCCCCACAGCUGUUAGAGAACUAGCACCAAUUCGAUAUAAGCCUGAUUCUCGUCCAACUACUGCCCAGCUGAUAGCUGGCAUUUGUGAUGCCAUUGAACAUCAUUAUGGUAGACUUUCUUGUACCGUUUAUCAUGCAGAUGACUUUCGUUCAAUUCGUGAUCGAAUUACAGAGGAGAUUAAUGGAAAGUAUCAUUAUGAUGAGAAAACUGGUCCAUCAUUUAUUAAUGCCAUUGAUCGUGAAUUGUUGAGUAAGAAUUCGCAAAUUUUACAAAUAACUAUUAAGACUCCGGCUAGUAUUAAUGCGGAUGUGGCGAGUCAGAAGGAACGUGAUGAUUUGGAUGAGAUUUCGAGUGAUGAAGAUACUCAGAGGAAAGGAUCUGGUCCGUCGAGUGCUAAGAAGAAGCGCAGAAGUCAAUCGCCUGCUUAUAAAGUUCUUCCACGGGUUCGUCGUUCUCCUCCAUUCGAAGAGGAACGAUCAUCAGAUAAUAAAAAGAACAGCAACAACAGUGGUAAUACUUUACCAACACCUAAAGAACUUUCAAUGCAAGCCUUCCAAAUAGCACAGGAACGCUAUAAAUGGGAAAAAUACCGUUGCAUGCUUGAAAUUGCCGUAAAAGGUCUCGAGAAGUCCUUAAAAGAUUACGAAAAGAAUCCCGAAAAACAUCCACUUUAUCCAGAGGAGUGGAAGAAAUUCUGGAAUCGACGAUACAAAGAAUUGCAAGCUGAAAAGAAAGUAGAUCCAAACAAAUACGACUACAAGCCAGAAUGGAUUGUAUUUUGGACAAAACGUAUGAAGGAGUUACAUGCUGAAGAAGUCGAACAAAAGAAAAAACAAAUCAAAGUAAAUCUUGGCCUGAAGGAGGAUGCCGAAGAGAAAACCGAUCAAUUAAAGCAGAAGUUUAAAGUUCAGCCAAAUGCUCAAAAGAAUCCCGGUAGAUCUUCGGUGGAAAAAUCAACAAAGUCUUAUUCCAAUCCUUCGGCACCAGAAAGGCAUCCUAGAAAGGAAUCAUCACAUUCAUCAAAACCUCUGGCCGUAAUUGACAUUAGCGACGACGAUGAUGAUGACCGUAGACGCCCGACCUCCAGGUCGAGGUCUAAACGCAAUCGCCCACGUUCUAGAAGCCGCAGCUUAUCCCCUCUUAGUGACGAUUACAGGGAGCCUGAACGACGACAUGGAUCGUCCUCCUAUCGUAGUUUAUAUGAAAGAUCCAGAGGAGCACCGCGUCCACCGCAUCCAUCGCACUAUCCACCUUCACGUUCAGCAGCGAGCGAGUAUUACGAUCGUUAUCAUAGUGGUCAUUUCCCACCACCGCCAGGCUAUGGACCUGGAUAUAGAGUGCUCGAUCCGUACAUGUAUCCACAAUAUGAAAAACAGGGAAGGUUUUCUCCUCCUCCGCCAAAGGGUAAGUCUAAGGUAGUAGAGGAGAUUAAGGAGGAACCCGAAGACGAUGGACCUCUUACUGUGGUGGCUGUUUUGAGAUUGCUCACCGCCCUUGAAGAACAUUUGGGAAGUUUAGGACCGAAAGUUGUUGAUCUUUUGGGUAAGGCUUUGGCUUUGGAGAAGGUAAAGGCAAAUUCAUCAGAUGAUAUGCUUGUGAACGAGGAUAAUUCGGUGUUUUUUGAAACGAUAAAAGAAAAAUUAAAGGGACUCCUGAUUGCCGAUGUACUGGAGGAUUCACAAAAAGUGAGAGCUGUGAAAAAAGCUGUUAAAAAUAUUGCAGCUAUUAUUCAUCAAGUCAAUGAAAAAGGAAAAUCCGAUGAUACUGCUAAAGAUGAACUAACCGAUGAAACUAAACCAGCUGAAGAGAAGCCAAAACUUCCAAAAACUACAAAACCAACAAUUGCCGAUUUGCCAUUUGAUAGACAAAUUCUAUCAACAAAACUAGCUGCCGCUUUAGUUAUGCAAGGACGUGAAGAUGUCUCCACCACUGACAUGGAUAAACUAAUUUAUUUCUUUAUCCUUUUGGUUAAAUUGUCCAAAGAAAAAGUCAAAAUCGAUGGAAAACCAAUUCAAAUGAAGAAUGUUCUCCCAGAAUUGGGUAUAGCUCCAAUCAUAAGUCCAGCAUUGGUUGAGGAAAUAAUAGAACAAGAAGUUGCAACCAUGGCGGCAGCUGAAGUUGAAAUGGAAGUUGAAGCUAGCGAAAAGGAAGCAAAUAUUUCGAGCAGUGCCAAUGCACUAGAAAGUCUUACCGACUCUGACUUGCAGACUUUGUUGCAAAAUUUCAAACACUUGUCAACUGAGGAACAACAUCAUUUGAUUGCACACUUGAAGAAACUCGAAACAGCCGAUCCGGUGCGAGUAGAGAAACUCCGAAAGUAUGUUAACUUGGAUACAGAUGCCAAGGAGCCAUCUGCUUCAACAUCGGCGGCCAGUGAUUAUAAAUUUUCAGACUCAUCAAGAUUGGAAAAAAGUGUCGGAGAUGACUCACCGAGAUCUACCCGCAGGGAUCAUUAUACUGAUGAUGAGGCAAGUCGUGGAAGUCAUGUGCGUAAAUUUAUCGACGAUGAUGAUGAUGAAGAUGACGAUUAUAACUUUGAAGAUGUAUUUAAAGCUGCUUCCAGUAAUAUUACCCGAAAUUCAGAUGAACGUUCCCAACAAUCAUCAUCGAAUCGUCAUGGAGCAUCACCUCCUCCACCACCACCGUCAUCCAAACAUCACUCGAAUCAUCGGCAGAGAAGUCUUGAAAGGUCAAUUGAUUCACCUUCGAAAUCAAAAACAUCGAAAAAUGUAGACAAGUCAAAUGUAGAUUUUAAGAAAGCUCUCAGUGGUGCUGGUGUAUCUUUGUCCGAUACUCAAAAUUUGAUUGCUAAUCUUAUGGGUUCCUUGCAACAAAGUUGCGGAAAGUUUUCCAACUCAAAACACGGAGAAAGUGUUUCUGAAUCAGAGGAUAAAGAUGGCACUCCACCACCAAGAAAUUCUCAACAAACCUCUCAACCAUCUGCUUCGGUGCCUUUCUACCAGCAACAGCAGCAACAAGAGCACCUACAGCAUCCACAAAUGCAACAACAGCAAAUGCAUCCACAACAACAAAUGUUUCCGAACUAUCAAAACCAACAGAUGCCCAAUCAAGGUCAAUACUAUCCACCACCACAAAUGGGUUAUAACAAUGCAAUAGCUUAUCCUAACUUUAACUAUCCGGGUCAAAUGCAACCCACCCAACAAUUGGCUCCUUUUAAUGCGAAUUUUAUGAACCAACAAAUUCCUGGUCAGGCUAACUAUAAUUGGAACGGCGGAGGCGGUUACAAAUAAAUUCUCUCUCUCUCUCUCUCUCUCAACGCCUGUGUCGUUUCGUAAGCUUGAGUGUUGUGUUCCCGUGUAAAUUAAGAAUUUAAUUUAGUUAUUGUAAAAAAAAAAAUAUGAUGGAUAAACUGUGAACUUAAAAAACAGAAGAUAAUGAUAAAAAAUUUAUAAAAUAUAGUGUUCCCAAUAAUAGAGUCGACAAGAACGAGAGUAUUUUGCUAGACGUGUGCCAUUGUUUCAUCUUUAAGAUCUCACACACCAGAAAAGACAUGCGCGCACACAGAGAGUUCGGGCGUUGUUAUUGCGUUAAAAUAAUAGUACGGGGAAGCAAGUAAUAAUGAUUAAAAUUAAUAAUGCAACAAUUAAAAAUAGUUCACAAAAUUCCAUUUAAGAAGUACAUAAUGUGUGUGUAUUUUAAUUAUUAUUGAUUUAUUAUAAAUAUAUUAUAUUAAACCAAGACAUAUAAUACGGUUCUUGCAACCAACCAUCAUCAUCAUCUUUCUUCAUUGUUCUAAGGCAAAAU